UUUGUUGAUUUCUAGGAGCUUAGACUACACUGCCUGGCAGGGAGAGGACCUAUCUUAGUCACCUGUCCUCCAGGUGCGGCCCCAGGGGGCUGCUGGGUCUCCACGCCUCCUUCGGUGCUUUGGGGGUCCCCAAAGAAGCCACCAUGAGCAAGUUGGGCAAGUUUUUCAAAGGGGGAAAUUCCUCCAAGGGCAAGGCCGCUCCCAGCCCCCAGGAGGCCUUGGCCCGGCUCCGGGAGACUGAGGAGAUGCUGGGCAAGAAACAAGAGUACUUGGAAACCAGGAUCCAGAGGGAGCUCGCCCUGGCCAAGAAGCACGGAACGCACAAUAAACGAGUGGCAUUACAGGCACUAAAGAGAAAGAAGAGGUUUGAGAAACAGUUAACUCAGAUUGAUGGCACACUUUCAACCAUUGAGUUCCAGAGAGAAGCCCUGGAAAAUUCCCAUACUAACACAGAAGUGUUAAGGAACAUGGGCUUUGCUGCAAAAGCUAUGAAAGCAGUUCAUGAAAAUAUGGACAUUAACAAAAUAGAUGAUUUGAUGCAAGAGAUUACAGAGCAGCAAGACAUCGCCCAGGAAAUCUCAGAAGCAUUUUCUCAGCGAGUUGGAUUUAAUGAUGAUUUUGAUGAGGAUGAGUUGAUGGCAGAGCUUGAAGAAUUGGAGCAGGAGGAAUUAAAUAAGAAGAUGACAAAUAUCAGACUUCCAAAUGUACCCUCUACCUCGCUGCCAGCCCACCCUGGUAGGCUGCCAAGUGUACCAUCCACCUCACAUCGAUCCCGAGCAGCAUCUUCCAGGAGGAAAGAAGAUGAAGAUGACAUAAAACACCUGGCAGCUUGGGCUUCUUAAGGUCAAACUACAAUUAUUAUAAGCCUAAAACUAUUUGACAUGUAUAUAAUAUUUUGAGUCAUUAAUAUUAAAAAAAAACUUACUGAGGCCCCAUUUGGGAAAAAAAAAUAGGUAGAUUACUUUUCAUUGUUUUAGUCCAUACUUGAUUACAAUUCUGUUUGUGAGCCUCUGACAUGCAAAAAUUCACAUACUUCAGUCGAGGAAUAGAAACAUCAUAAGUCAUUUAACAGUUUGCAAGCGGCUUAAGAGUAAAGUGGUCAGGACUGCCAGGUAAAUUAUUGCCUUUCCCACUGUUCUGUUUGUGUAUGUACAUGAGCAUAUGUGUGUGACUCCUGUCAGCACACACAUAUGUAUGUAUUUGAGGUGCCUAUUAAAAGAGGUCUGGAGCAUGGUAAUCAUUAAAAGCAUUAGUGUGUACAUCCUAGAUGUAAUUCUAAUAUAGUCUGUACAUACACUAAUUAUGCUUGAUUUUUUCAGUUUAGAAAUUGAAAAGAUUCUUUAAAUUGACUUUUAAUGUGUCAUUUAGGUUUGAAAUUAGACAACAGAUACAUUUGCGGUGGUUGAGAUUAUUAAUAGUGAAUACUACUGGGCCAGGUUCUCAUGGGUGUGAUUUAGGUACCUGAGAAGCUGCAUUAAUGUUUGUAGUCCAUUUGGGCACCAUUAAUGUUUCAGUGUACUCAGUUUAGUGAUGCUCAUUCUUUCCUAUUUGGUUCAUGCUUGUAAAUUUAUUUGAGGUUUAUAGAAUAGUCCUUGUAAAUAUGUGAAAAGGGAAAUCUAUAGAAAUAAAAAUGACUUUUGAAAAGAAUAUAUUAGACUAUAUUUUUUAUUUGUAACAAUUAUCAAUGUGUUACAGAAAACAUAAUAAGUGACAAAUGUCAUUCUAGAUGUGGUUGUAUCAGUAAUAGAAUUUGUCUAGAAGUAUUCCCUCAUAUUUGUGUAAUACUAAUGAGUUUUUUUGUACUUAUAAAUAUUUAAAGAUUGAAAAAAUGAAAGCUAUAUCCGCCUUCUCCUCCCUUUUACCCCCAUUAGCACAUAAGUAGAUAGUCUGCAGUCUAAAUCAUAACCUCAUUCACGAAAAUUUCAUGAUACACACAGAUCUUUUUGGCAUACUUGUUAGAAACCUUCAAUUAAACUUCAUUUAAAAAAUAUUUAGUAAACACUGUAUACAGAAUACUGUGUUAGGAGCUGGGGAUGUACAAAAUUUAAAUAAAAUGUGGCUACUGAUC